ACUCAAUUUUGACCUCUUUCAUAUAACUAUCUUACCUCCCGUUCUUUCCACUGCCCAAUGGCACUUCUCUUUUCUUCUCAGUGCCAAAGCUCUAUGGAUAAACUGGCUCAUAUUCAUCUUCUUAAUCCUUGUUCUGUUCCUCACCGACGAACCAAAUUGCCACCACGAAGCCUUUCACCCGCUUCAGUUUCUCAGGGAAUGAUAGAUACCUCAAGUUUUGCUUCUACUCAAGUUUCGUCGCCUAAACUUUCCUCGAGCUCUCACCUUUUGCAUAACAUGGGUCAGAUUAGGACUUUGGAAUCUGUCAGAGUGUUGCAUGCCCUGAUACUCAAAAUGCCAUGUGAGGGGAACUUGCAUACCAUGGAUAAAAGCUUGAUCAGGUACUACUUAGAAUUUGGGGAUUUUAUGUCUGCAACAAAAGUGUUCUUUGUAGGUUUUACGAGGAAUUAUCUUCUCUGGAAUUCUUUUCUGGAGGAGUUCGAUAGUUUUUGGGGCGAUCCCCGAGAGAUUCUGGAGGCCUUCAAGGAAUUGCAUAAUAUAGGAGUGGAGUUAGAUAGCAGAGCUCUUACUGUAGUUCUGAAAAUUUGCUCCAAUUUGAUGGAUUUGUGGCUUGGGUUGGAGAUUCAUGCUUGUAUGAUCAAGAGAGGCCUUGACUUUGAUGUGCACUUGAAUUGUGCAUUGAUCAAUUUCUAUGGGAUGUGCUGGAGUGUAGAUAAAGCGAAUCGAGUGUUUGCUGAAACGCCGCACCAUGAAGAUUUCUUGUGGAAUACAAUAAUUAUUGCGAACUUGAGAAGUGAGAGGUGGGGAGAAGCUUUAGCAUUGUUCCAUAGGAUGCAGCUAUCUUCUGCCAAGCCGACUUGUGGAACCAUGGUGAAGUUACUUCAAGCAUGUGGGAAACUAAGAGCUCUCAACGAAGGGAAACAAAUUCACGGGUAUGUUUUAAGAUGUGGUUUAGAAUCAAAUGUGUCUAUUUGCAAUUCCUUAAUUAGCAUGUACUCUAGAAACAAUGAACUGAAGCUAGCUAGAACAGUUUUCUAUUCUAUGGAAGAUCGUAACUUGUCUUCAUGGAACUCAAUAAUUUCAAGUCAUGCUGUAGCUGGAAGUUUGAAUGAUGUGUGGGAUAUCUUGCGAAAAAUGGAGUCAUUGAAUAUCAAACCAGACAUUAUAACUUGGAAUUCUCUUUUGUCUGCCCAUCUCCUUCAGGGCUCAUACAUUACAGUCCUCACCAUUUUCCGGAGAAUGCAAAGUGCAGGCUUCAAGCCAGAUUCAUGCUCAGUCACCAGUGCCAUACAAGCAAUCAUUGAAUUAGGAUUCUUCGCUUUAGGGAAAGAAAUCCAUGGUUAUGUUAUAAGAAAUGAGCUGGACUAUGAUGUCUAUGUAUGUACUUCAUUGGUGGAUAUGUAUGUCAAGAGCAAUUCCUUAGAAAGAGCUCAAGCAGUGUUUGAUAAUACAGAGAACAAAAACAUUUCUGCUUGGAAUUCUUUGAUAUCUGGCUAUUCCUUCAAGGGCCAGUUUAAUAAUGCCGAAAAACUAUUAACUGAGAUGAAGGAGGAAGGCAUAGAACCUGAUUUAGUGACAUGGAAUAGUUUGGUGUCAGGGUAUUCAAUGUGUGGCUACACUGACGAAGCUUUGGCUGUAGUUCGUCGGAUCAAGAAUUCAGGAUUGACUCCUAAUGUGAUUACCUGGACGGCUAUUAUAUCAGGAUGUUCACAGAAUGAGAAUUACAGGGAUGCCCUGAAGUUUUUCAGCCAAAUGCAAGCAGAAAAUGUAAAACCCAACUCUACUACCAUUUGCAGCUUACUAUCUGCAUGUGCAGGCCUCUCCUUGUUAAAGAAAGGAGAGGAGAUACAUUGCUUAACCAUGAGACUCGGUUUCGUGGAUGACGUUUAUAUAGCCACGGCCCUCAUUGACAUGUACAGUAAGGCAGGUAGACUGAAAGUGGCUGUUGAUAUUUUCAGAAGAAUUCAGAACAAAACACGUCCUUGUUGGAAUUGCAUGAUGAUGGGAUAUGCCAUUUAUGGCCACGGGGAAGAGGUGAUUACUCUUUUCAGUGAACUUUGCAAAACGGGUAUCCAGCCCGAUGCUAUAACCUUCACUGCUCUUCUCUCUGGCUGCAAGAAUUCGGGUUUAGUUGAUGAGGGGUGGAAGUAUUUUGACAGUAUGAAGACAGAUUACAACUUGAACCCAACUAUUGAGCACUACUGUUGCAUGGCAGACCUCCUGGGAAAAGCUGGCUAUCUUGAUGAGGCCUGGGAUUUUGUAAAAACUAUGCCCAUAAAACCAGAUGCUAGUAUUUGGGGUGCUCUUCUUGCAUCUUGUAGAAUUCAUAAAAUAAAACUAGCAGAGGUCGCAGCCAAAAAUCUUUUCGAGUUGGAACCAGACAAUUCUUAAUAUGUGCUGAUGAUGAACUUAUAUUCCGCUUUUAAUCAAUGGGAGGAUGUGGAGCGUCUUAAAGAAUCAAUGAUUGCCCGGGGGUUGAAGAUCCCACAUGUAUGGAGCUGGACACAAAUUAAUCAGACAAUUCAUCUGUUCUCCACAGAGGGGAAGCCACACCCAGAAGAAGGGGACAUAUAUUUUGAACUAUAUCAUUUGAUUUCCGAAAUCAGAAAGCUGGGUUAUGUUCCUGAUAUUAAAUGUGUAUAUCAGAACAUUGAUGACAAUGAGAAGGAGAAGGUUCUGCUCAGUCACACUGAGAAGUUGGCUAUCACAUAUGCAUUGAUGAAGUCAAAAAGUGGGGCACCUAUAAGGGUUGUUAAGAACACAAGAAUUUGCCAAGAUUGUCAUACAGCAGCAAAGUACAUCUCUUUGGCUAAAAACCGAAGUGUUUUCCUCAGAGAUGGUGGUCGCUUUCACCAUUUUGUUAAUGGAAAGUGCUCCUGCAAUGACAGAUGGUAAUAAGAAAUGUAGGUAAGAGAACUCAGAGCAGUUUAUUGUCGUUUUCUGAUGCUCAAGACAAGUCAAUGAAAAAGGAUUACAAUACAUAAUAGGAAGAGCAUGCUGGAUUCUGUAAAUGUGACUAUAUUACUUUUAUUAUUUGGACAGAAAAGAAAUGAUAGUAGACGGAGGAAUGGUGAUUUCUUGAAGCAA